CUUUGUUACCGGCAACUGUAGUUGACCAAAUUCAAUUAUGGGAAAUGGAACUCAAUCGACUGAUUAUUACUGAUUGCUACUUGUACAAAGAUUUUCGUACAUUCGCUGAUUAUGAAGUUGUUCUAAAACAUGCAAACACUUUAGGAGUAGUAGUUUGGUCAAACGAUUCGAAAAGAAUGAUUGGAAUUGCCGAAGCGGGCCAUGAGCGUGUGAAGGCUUUUAUUAAGAGAAAGAUUGUACAAAGGAGGAGUAAUGGGGGUGAUACAACUAGUAGUGCUGGUGGUACUCCUGCAAGAUGA